AUGUCGACUAUUGAAUCAAAUCCGAAAAAUCAGCCAGUCCUGUCGAUUUCGACUUCAUUACAACCGGUAACACCAUCACCAACACCUCCACCGCCAUUAAUAAUACCAAAUGCGUCUACAAUAACUCCCACAACAUCAUUACCAUCAUCGCCGGCAUUGUUUCAUGAUGACAAACCCAUUGAAAAAUUAUAUAAAAAAGAAAAGCAAAUUCUAUUUGAAUUCGAACAAAUUGUUAAAGACAUUCGAUUUCAGCUAAGUGAACAAUUAAAAUGUUUGGAACAACGUAUUGAAACUCAAUUAUCGAUUCUCGCGGAAAUUCAAGAAUAUUUUCGUCGGCGGGCUGAUGUUGAACUUGAGUACGCAAAAAAUUUAGACAAUUUACAUAAACAAAUCGGUCAGAAACAUCGAGCACAAAAAGCCCGUCGAGAAACUUGGGUCUUUCAUUCGAUAUACAAACUUUGGGAUACGAUUGUACACGAUACGCGGCAUCAUGUUAAAUAUCAUACAAUCAUGUCUGAUGUUUGUGGAAAAUAUAUGUAUGAUAAAUUUAAUGAAAUAGCUGAAGACACUCGACGCAUGUUUAUGAAAUGUAAAUCAGUUGGUUUAGCCAGCCAUGAAGAUAUUGAGAAGGUUCUUAAUGAAUUGCAGAGUACAAUGAAAACUUAUCAUCAGUAUCAAAGUGAAAGUAAACAAGCCGAACAAAAAUUAAGCGUUAUUCUACAACAAGUGGCUAAAAUUAAAAGUGUAAAAAAACAAAAAGCUAUGGCUAAACGUGUUGAAAAAAGACAAAGAAAAUAUACGGAAACAAAGGUCAAGGCAUUCAAGGCACGUAACGACUAUUUGAUGACUAUUGAAUCCGUGAAUGCUGCACUACAAAAAUAUUGUUCGGAUGAUGUACCUGAUCUAAUUGAUUGUAUGAACUUUGGUUUUCAUACAUCAAUUUCAAAAUGUAUUCAAAUGUUUUUGUCAGCACAAGACAAUAUAAGACGCGGUCGACAAAUAACAAUUGAAACAUUAAAUCGAGCAAUUGCUGAUUUAGAUACCGUGGUCGACAAACAAAAAUAUUUAGAAUACUUUGAAACAACAUUUACAAUACCGAAAAAAAUAAAAUUUGAACCGCACAAAGGCGAUGAAGUAUCAACUGUUAAUGCUCAAGUAUUAAUACGUGAUGAAAUGCAAUCACGUUUCAUACAAAUGCAGAAUCGACUUGCUGGAUUGAAGACAGAGAAUGACGAGAUUUAUAAAACCAUUGAAGCCACUGAAAAAUCACUUAUGGAAUUUAUUAAUACGAAAAAUUCGGAUGUUUCGGAUCUCUUCAAAGAUCUUAAUUUACCGCAAAAUACUUCAAAAGGUACACGAAAAGAAAUUGAAGACUACUAUGUUGAGAAAUUCAAACAAUAUACUUUAAGCAGUAAUUUAAUUUCACGGUUACAAGCGCGUCAUGAUAUUAUGCAAAAAGCGCUAGGUGCUACGCCACCUGGUUGUAGUGCUGAAGAUAAAAAUCUUAUACGUCGUCCAAUCAAACCGAAACAAAUCGGUCGUGCUCCUAUUCUUGGCCGCCCACGUUUAUUUGGUGGAAAACUAUUAGAUUACAUUCAAGUAACCCAACAACCAAUUCCUUUAAUUAUUUCUUCGUGUGUUAGUGCUAUUAAUCGACUUGGUUUACACAAUCAAGGUAUUUUUCGUGUACCUGGUGCACAAGUCGAUAUCAAUCAAUUUAAAGAAGCUUUUGAAAAAGGAGAAGAUCCACUAGUUAAUAUAACAGGUCGAGAUAUGAAUUCAGUUGCUGGUGUAUUAAAAUUAUAUUUCCGUGAAUUGAAAGAACCAUUGUUUUCUCGAGAUAUGUUCGAUUCAUUUAUUUCAUGCAUCACUGAUGUUGAAUCCGAAAAUAAAUGUGUGGAAAAUCUUUGUCAAGUUGUAAAACUUCUUCCUCGCCCAAUAUUUAUUGUCAUGCGUUAUUUUUUUGCAUUUCUUAAUCAUCUAGCAGAAUAUUCGGAUGAAAAUAUGAUGGAUGCAUCAAAUUUAGCUAGUUGUUUAGCGCCAACACUUAUGCCAAUACCUGAAGAUAAAGAUCAAGUACAAUAUUUAACACACACUAUUGAACUGAUUCGAACCAUGAUAAAUCAUCAUGAAGAAGUAUUUCCCGUCAAUGAUGAAGAUCCAGUCUAUGAAAAAUUUGCUAUUACAAUUCCAAUUGAUGGCGAAGAAGAUGAAGAUGAUGAAGUUGAGGGUAUUAGUGAACGAUCAUUAAGAAGAUCGCCAAGUGACGAUGCUUCACAAGAUUCUGAUUAUUGCACUGAAGAUUUUAAUUUAUUAAAUGAGACUGACGUUUGGUAA